AUGACCUGUAAAUCGAAGCAGCCCAGGAGAAAGAGUCAGAAAGCCGAAAUCUGGCCCAGGACUUUAAGCGCUGAAGAAUCAAGGGCUGUCAAAGCCACACUCCUUCGGGACCUCGGGAGGCCGUGGCCCUGGGUCUUUGCUUCCCCAACAGGCCGUGCCAGGAAAUUUUCAGGCAGCCCGAAGCUCCAGACCUCCGUCUCAGCCCGCCCACUCCGGAGAGCCUCCCGGCGAGAGCCGCCGGCUCGCCCACGCCCGUCGCCUCCGCCAGUCACAAAGGGUUUAUCCCCAAGCCCACCAAAAGACAGAUCCUCACCUGCACGCCAAGCCGUCAGAUGCCAGCGACACGUAGCACAAAAGCCGACUGACGACAGAACCCCGGAACCGGAAACCGAGUCUCUGGCCUAUGACCCGCCCACGCCCCCGUUCAUUGGCCAUUUACCGGGUAACAUCAGUGCCCAGGCGCAGCUCGCUGUGCAGUUUGGACACGCAUCCCGGAAGAGAGGCGCUGCGGCGCUUGACAAGUAUCUCAGAAAGACACAAGGUGGCGAUGUUACUCCAAGAAAGUAUAUGUGUGCAGUCUUUAAAUCGAGCCCCGUUUCACCUGACAAGUCUUCAGUCCUCAGAACAAGUUUACAUGAAUCCUUGUGACUGAUUCUCAAUUUCUGAGGUAAACUCUACUGGCAAGCCUCCAAAUUGGCUGGAGAGUCUGGUCCUAAACCUUUAUAA